AUCAUAGUUCUGCUGAUGUUUGGAAAGUUCAGGGAGCUUCGCACAGCCACUAACUUCAUCAUCAUCAACCUGGCCUUCACUGACAUUGGAGUGGCUGGUAUUGGUUAUCCUAUGUCUGCUGCCUCAGAUAUUCAUGGAAGCUGGAAGUUCGGCUACACUGGAUGCCAGAUAUAUGCAGCCCUCAACAUCUUCUUUGGCAUGGCCAGCAUCGGCCUACUGACUGUGGUUGCUAUUGACCGCUACCUCACCAUCUGCAGACCAGACAUCAGUCAGAAAAUGACUGCUAGGUCUUACAACAUCCUUAUUCUGGCUGCCUGGCUGAAUGCUGUGUUCUGGUCCUCAAUGCCUAUAGUAGGCUGGGCAAGUUAUGCCCCUGAUCCCACUGGAGCAACGUGCACAAUCAACUGGAGAAAAAACGAUGCCUCCUUCAUCUCCUUCACGAUGGCGGUGAUUGCAGUAAACUUUGUGAUUCCUCUGUCUGUCAUGUUUUACUGCUACUACAAUGUGUCUGUCACUGUGAAGAGGUACAAAACCAGUAACUGCCUGGAGAGCAUCAACAUUGACUGGUCUGACCAGAUGGACGUUACCAAGAUGUCUAUUAUAAUGAUCAUCAUGUUUCUGGUUGCCUGGUCUCCAUACUCCUUGGUUUGCCUCUGGGCAUCAUUUGGUGACCCAAAGACCAUUCCUGCGCCGAUGGCCAUUAUUGCUCCUCUCUUCGCAAAGUCCUCAACAUUUUACAACCCCUGCAUCUACGUUAUUGCCAACAAAAAGUUCAGGAGAGCCAUCAUUGGGAUGAUUCGAUGUCAAACAAGGCAACGGAUUACAAUCAGUACACAGGUUCCAAUGACAAUCUCCCAGCAGCCUCUGACCCAGUAAUUUAGGGCCUAUAUACCAAAUCUAACUAUAUAGCUAUUUAAAAGUACCUACAUUAAAACCUUAUAAUAAACACUUAUGUAAUACAUUUAACAGUAUUUGACUAUUGUAGCUGUUUCUUUUCGUGGAUAACUGAAUUCACUGUGGUAUUUGCUAUGUAAAUUCCA